AGAUUGGUAUUGUUUCCCCUGUCUGUGGUAUCUGUAUUAAGUACUUAAUUAAGAAGCAAAUUGAAGAAACUUUGACCACAAGUUGAAAGUAAAUUAAAAUUCACGUAAAAUUAUACAAUAAUACAAAAGAAAGCAUAUAAAUAGAUGCAUUUUCAAUAAAAAAAUAGUACCUAGUACCACGUGAUGAUUCGACAACUUUAUUGUUAUCAACUGUUGGAUGUGAUAAAGAACAGGAGCAGCUGUCACGUUUUGGCUGGGGGCCACAGCUUUGCCAUGUCAUCUCUACAGAAACAAUUGCAAAAGAUGAAGUGUCCUACACUUCCACCAGUUGGGCCCAGCUCAUCUCGUAGCAGGCGACAGGCGCGUGACCUGACCCCUGCCACGUGGCAGCGGUACUUCGCCAGCGCCCAGGAGGUUCGGUUGGAGAGCGGAGACGUGUUCCACGUGUACCGCGCCGGCAGCGCUGGCCCGCUGCUGGUGCUGCUGCACGGCGGCGGCUACAGCGGCCUCACCUGGUCCCUCUUCACGGAGGAGAUCAUGUCGCGAGUGGAGUGCCAGGUGCUGGCGAUUGACCUGCGUGGUCACGGGGAGACGGCCACAGCGGACGAACACGAUCUGUCCAUGGAGCGUCUCGUCAGUGACGUAAACGGCGUCAUGUGUGCCCUUUUCGGCUCGGACGCGCCACCUACCGUGCUGGUCGGUCACAGUAUGGGCGGUGCGCUGGCCGUGCACACGGCUCACGCCUGGAGCGCCGGGCCGCUGGUGGGCCUGGUUGUCAUUGACGUGGUCGAGGGCACGGCGCUGGACGCCCUCUCUGCCAUGCACACGUUCCUGCGCGGGAGGCCGGACCACUUUCGGUCGGUGCAGAACGCCAUCGAGUGGUGCCUGAAGUCUGGAGCAGUGAGGAACUCAGAAUCGGCUCGGGUCUCCGUCCCAGGACAACUCAAAAACCUGCGGACGGGAGUGCCCGCCACCCGUGACAUAGCCUCCGGGCUGGCCUCGGCGGGCGGCGGCUCACCGACUGCGGGCGGGGCCCAUCCUCCGGCCGACACAAUCGCUGAGGAGGAGGAGGGUCAGGAGAAGGAUCAGGAGUCGGCCGAGCAGCAGACCGUGGCCCACUCGCCACCGUCACCGACUGCAGACCAGCCGGUGUACACGUGGCGGAUAGACCUGGCGUCCACGGAGCCGCACUGGCAGGGCUGGUUCCGCGGACUGUCGCCGCUCUUCCUGUCGGCUCCGGCACCAAAAGUGCUGCUGCUCGCGGGUAUCGAUCGGCUCGACCGCGAGCUCUCCGUCGGCCAGAUGCAGGGGAAGUUCCAGAUUCAGGUGGUGCCUCGCUCAGGACACGUGGUCCACGAGGACGUACCGGACAGGGUGGCCGGCAUCGUAGCCACCUUCCUCAUCCGGCAGCGGCUAACACACGCCCUCGAUGGCUUCCAGACGAUACCCCCUGGAUGCUGAUUCACUGCACUUUCAAGUAUUUCUUCAGAGGCUACGAAAGGGCGAUCUUUGGGUCGAUUCGAAUCGGGUAGCGAAAGUUGCCAACUGCCCAUUCAAGCGACAGUGUGUCACUAAGUGAUGAUUCGGGAAGUUGACUGGCAACAUAGUGAUCGUUUAGCCAUAUGUUUUGCUUCCUUUGUUUUUCGUUUUAACCCGCCUUUCACUAUCCGAUUGAUCUGCGAUUUGGCUGAUAGUGGACCUGCGAUUUCACUCAUCGAGUGUUCUUCUCGUUUAGUUGCAAUCUUAAGUAUUACCCAAUUAAGAUCCAUGGCGAUUGGUUCAGCUGUCACUUUUGCACGGGUAGUGAUGCCGGGUACUCACAUACGAGCGGUGUUUGUGCUAUUCUCUAUCCAUUAUAAUGAAAUAGAAGAGGGUGUCUUGCCAUUGAAUGUUCUUCCAGAUAGGCACAGGAAGCAUCGAUCAAUAUAGGCAGCUGCUGAUUAUGUUUGAUUAUUUCUCUUUCUUGAUGUAUUUUUAUCUUUUGGUGGCAUUACUUGCUUCCAUGUAUUCACUGCGACUUAUCUAUCGCCUCAUAUACAUGCAGCAUACUAUCUGUUGCAGGAAGAUUACGAAACACUGACCUUGUGUCGGCCGUACUUUUAGCUAAAAAUACAAAAGAACAACUGGAUGUGUUACAAGUAAAUCAAACAAAAUUACUGAAAAUGUUGAAAAAGUAACGUUCACAAAAAAGUGAAAUGGUUCACAGUACAGUAAGUAGGUAGUUGACGUCGGAGAACAGUGAAUGAGUCAAGCGUGCCAGCAAUGUGCAGCCCCUAUGCUGUGCACUUCACACACUUUGUGGGGUGACAGUUUCUACCCAUGUAGAUAAUUGGGUAUUGUGAUGUAGUGAUGGCAUUGUAGAUGUGUUGUGAAUAUGUGAAUAUAACGCUGUGUUAUAAGUGAUGUGAAACUGUGCAGAUGUGAGUGCCGGUAAUUGUAAAUUUCACCUGCCAAUGGCGACCAAAGCCGGGUGCUAUUGCCAUUUGAUGACCUGUUGAUAAUGUGUCGUGAUACGGUGUAUUAUUAACUCACUCAAUACAUUAAGCAAAUAUGCAUA